AUGUCUGCGUUGGUUUUUGGGUUAAUGGUUAUAGUUGUCAACCAAGCAAGUCCUGCAUAUGGCCAUAUCACAUGCCGACAGGCCUUGAUGGAUUUGAAGCCCUGUGAGGCAUACGUGAAGGGGUCCGGCCCUGGGACUCCUCCGAUUAGUUGCUGCCAUGGUUUGAAAACUGUUUUAACUGCGGCUAACACCAGUGAAUCUCAGAUUAAACUCUCUAAAUGCUUCAAGAAAGCAAUUGCUGGAAUGCAACUCAGACUUGACAGAAUCAUGCAGCUUCCUCAUUUAUGCCAUGUAUCCCCUCCCGUUACUCUCGACCCCAAAAUUGAUUCCGAAUCAAUUCCUCAAGUCUGA